UUCGAGUUUGAAACUUGAAACUUGAAAGCAUCCACUCUGCUAUCAUAUUCGGGGUCAUAGUUUUAUCGCCUCUGGGCCUCUUGGGGUCGUAGACAUUAGGCAAACAAAUUAACAAAGAGGUGGGUUUGGGCCAAGAUCAAAUGCAGUUUGGGUAAGAAAGGGCCAACCCGCAGUUCAUUAGGGUUUCAUGCAUUUUUGGUUGAGCUAUAAAUAAAAAUUAGAAUUUUAGCUCUCGGAGACUGUGAGUCGGGAUCCAUUUUCUGGGAAAGGAAUUUGAUCGAAGAAGGAAAAGAUGCCAGCGGGACACGGACUCCGGUCGAGAACGAGGGAUCUGUUUUCGCGGCCUUUCAGGAAGAAGGGUUACAUCCCUCUGUCAACAUACCUCCGGACCUACAGGAUCGGGGACUACGUCGGUAUCAAGGUUAACGGCGCAGUUCACAAGGGCAUGCCUCACAAGUUCUAUCACGGCCGCACUGGUAGGGUCUGGAACGUUACCAAGCGCGCCAUCGGCGUCGAAGUCAAUAAACAGGUUGGAAACAGGAUUAUUAGGAAGAGGAUCCAUGUGAGAGUGGAGCAUGUGCAGCCAUCAAGGUGCAGGGAAGAGUUCGAACUAAGAAGGAUCCGCAAUGAUGAGUUGAAGGCAGAGGCGAAGGCUCGUGGGGAGAAAAUCAGUACCAAGAGGCAACCUGAAGGCCCAAAGCCCGGUUUUAUGGUGGAGGGUGCCACUCUAGAAACUGUUACUCCUAUUCCCUAUGAUGUUGUCAAUGACCUUAAAGGCGGUUACUAAUUCUUUGAAGGUUGAGGCUUCUUUUUUCAUCUUAGCCAAUGCACUUUCUGAGUGAAUUAGAUCCUUUUGUAGGUUGGACAUUUGCAGAUUGAUAGUUCUAUUGUAAGGAACUGGCUUAUUGAUGCUCUUCUUUUCUUUCGCUUUCUCAUUUAACAUUAGAUCACAAAUAUUGUUGGUUUUUCAUGUUUUUAAUCUAAUGGUAAUGGAGCUGCUUUUACAAGA